UAGUUCUUCCGUUAGGACAAGUUGGACGAACAGCGCUGCAACUUCGAAUAUCCAGAACUCACAAGGAUGAGUCAAUAUCUCCAGAGAUGGUUCUCCCGGAACUUGGUCCUCUUGCUCUUAGUAUUGAGCGUUGUCACCCUUGUAUACGAAAUUGCUGUGGAAAAACCUCACGUUCAAAUACUAACGAGGAACAUCUCAGGGAUAAGACCAUAUGUGAAGGAGGAGCGAGUGUUGACGGCAAAGACAUUUGCAGGAGUAGCACAGGACGACCCAGCUCUGGUGAACUACAUCCGUAACAACCUCCUCCAGCCGCCCUCACAACUACCCUAUAACCUCGCCAACCCAGAGCGCCAGCAUUUCUCUGAAUUUGAUCAGUCCAGCUACGCCGAUAGUGAGAUAUUACAUGGCAUGAGAGGUGGAUUCUUCGUGGAGGUUGGCGCCGUGGAUGGAGAGUACCUCAGCAACUCCUUGUAUUUCGAGAGAAACCUCAACUGGACGGGACUUCUCAUUGAGGCUUUCCCGCAAACUUAUCACGAACUCCUACAGAAACACAGAAAAGCAUAUACCAUAAACACUGCACUAGCCAUGGGCAAAGUCUCUGCAGAAAUUCAGUUUUCGUAAGUAGCUUAAAUAUGUCUUAAAGACCACAUCCAUGACUCGUCCUAUUACAAGAUAUUAGUGAGGAAGUCUAACAGCUACUGACAAUUCGAUUCAAACCAGAAUCUUUGUAAAAAGUUUACAGUAGUGCAGCCAAGCUAAGUAUGAGACUUGAAUCCUUUUAAUGAGUUAUGUGUGCUUUUCCGUGAUGCAAUGUGGCCCCAUCUUCCAGCCUUCCAGCCGGAGGUGGUACCCUCUUUCCC